AUGAUGGGAUUAAUUUAAUUAAUGCAAUUAGUUAAUAGUAAGAAAUCGAUUAUAAAGGAGCAGGAACAAGAAUCUGAUAAAUAACGAUAGAUAGGAGACUAUUUGUUAGUAGUUAAAACUCUGGGAUUGGGUACAUUUGGGUUAGUCAAAUUGGCGAUUCAUUAAAUAACUUAAGAGAAGGUUGCAAUUAAAAUUCUGGAGAAGUCAAAGAUAAUAGAUGUGGCUGACGUGGAGAGAGUCUCUAGGGAAAUACACAUUUUGAAAUUGAUUCGACACAAACAUGUGAUUCAAUUGUAUGAGAUCAUUGAAACGAAGAGGUAUAUAUUUUUGGUAAUGGAAUUCUGUGAUGGCGGUGAAUUAUUUGAUUACAUAGUGAAACAUUAGAAACUCUCUGAGAUGGAAGCAUGCAAGUUUAUUUAGGAGUUGAUAUCUGGGAUUGAAUAUAUCCAUAAAUUGAACAUAGUUCAUAGAGAUUUGAAGCCAGAAAAUUUGUUAUUAGAUUAUCAAAAGAGCUUGAAGAUUGUAGACUUUGGAUUAAGUAAUACGUAUAAACAGGGGGAACAAUUAAAGACUGCAUGUGGUAGUCCAUGUUAUGCAGCACCUGAAAUGAUACAAGGGAACAAGUAUGAUUCCUUAUUAGUUGACAUAUGGUCAUGUGGAGUAAUCUUAUUUGCAUCUAUUUGUGGCUAUUUACCAUUUGAAGAUGCCAACACUUCAGCCUUAUAUAAGAAGAUUUUACAUGGAGAGUAUCAAGUUCCUAAUUUUAUAUCUCCAGAAGGCAUCAAUUUUCUCAAGGGAAUCUUGAAUAUCAAUCCAGAAAAAAGGUUCAAUUUAGAGUAAAUAAAAUCACACCCAUGGUUUAAAUUGUUUAGGAGAUCACAUUCUAUUCCUCCAGGGAUCAUUAUUGGAUAUCAUAGGAUUCCCAUCGAUAACAAUAUUGUACAACAAUUAAAGGAACUCGGAUUUGAUGAGGAUUUUGUUAGAAUAUGUUUGGAUGCAAAUAAAUAAAACAAAGUAACAACCUCCUACUUUUUAUUGAUGAAGAGACAUUUGAUGAAUGGAGGAAUAUCAACAGCUGAUAUCAAUUCUGUUUAUUUUGAUUCUAAAUUGAUUGAUCCAGUCCAAAGGGUGUAAAAAGGUAAGCAAUUCUAUGCAUUCUAUGUAGAUCCAGUUCCAGGGUUCUUGGAUGAAUCUAUGCUCAAAACUUUGAAUUCGAACAGGUCUCAAACGAAUCAAAGUCAAAGUCGCAAAAACAAAAAAGCGUAUACUCAAUAAAACAGAGGUCAUUAUUAUUUAUAGGAGGAGAAGUUCAAUAGAUUGAUUCAACUAAAAUAGUCAUAUCGACAGGAUAGUUUGGACUCGGACUAAGAAUAGAGUAAAUCGUUUUCUUAGAAUGUGUCGUAAAAUGUCAAGAAAUCAAAAGUUAGGACUGAAUCAAAUUAUAAUGCAGACUCCUUAUUAAAUUAGACAACAAUGUUUGCUGGUAAAAGGUAAUCGAUUUCACCUGCUAAUGCCAAUCUUAUAUUGUAAUACAUUAAACAAUAAAAAAAACUAACUCCUACUUCCCAUAGAAAUUCGCAUUAACAAAAGUAAAAUAUUUUCUCUUUGAAUUACUAAAGAAACGUUUAGACUAUUUAUGAUCCUGAUGGUCUGAAAAUUGUUAAUUCAAGUAAACAAUAACCCAAUGAUCAAAAGAGAAGUCUUAAUUAUUCAUGGAUGCCCUCAACCUAAACCAAUCCCUAUUAAUUAUUUCUACAAUCCAAAUCUAAAAGAGGAUCCAAUGAUUUGAGUGCUCCUCAUUCAACCAAGUGUGCAAACAAUCCAAAAGGUAGGUCAAUCUUCAUGCAGUUUUGA